AUGAAAGACAAAAUCACUCAAAUCACAAACGAAAAAAAUGAAUUGGAGAACAAAAACUCGAAAUUGGCGUUGGAAAAUGGAAAUUUACGAAGAGACUUUAAUGACUCGAUUUCUAAACUCGAACAACAACAAAAUAAAGAAAAUGAGUGGAAAAAGAAUUUUAUUGUUCUAAACAAUCAACAACUCGAAGAUUCAAGGAAUAAAGAAGAAACAAUAGCAUCACUUGAAAAUGAUAACAACGAGUUGGAAAAGAAACAUGAAGGGGUAUUAAAACGAGUCGAAGAAUUAGAAAUAAUUAAAGAUAACUACAUUAAUGCUAACACAGAUAUCGAAGAAAGGCUCAACAAAAACGAAAAUAAAAUAAAAGAGAUGAAAUCUGAGAGAGAUUGUGAUAAGUCCACAAUCACCAAACUUGAGAAAGAGAACAAGGAGUGUCUUAUAAAAGUUGAGACAUUAGAAAGAGAGGUCGAAGUAUAUAAACAGAAAGUCAAAGAAAGUCAAGAAGAGUUGGAAACUGUUAAAGAAACAUCACAACAAUCACACACUAAAGAAAAUGUGAUUGAAAAAGAGAAAGAAGAAAUCACCCGACUUGAGAUACCAAUGGCUAUGUUCCACUUUGGCGGAACGUUUACACAUAUAAUAGGCGAAAAACCCGUAGAAAUGACAAUAGAAGCUGGCACUUCUGAGCCGCAUACAAUUACCUUUGAGAAAGACGGAGUUCAACAUACACUCCAAAUAAGUUCGCAAAAGGUCGAAGGCACAGAGAAACGUGGAUUCGACUUGAUAAAAACCGUGUGGGUAAAAAAACAGUAUGUCGGACAGUCAGUAAUAAUACCAAUUAACAUCGAUAUUUUAAGCGAGAAUUACAAUGUCCCCAUUGUUGUGCCUGGUACACAGACUUCAUUCAAUUUGGGAGAGUUGGGAUUCUUCAAUAAAGAAACACAGAAGAGGGGAAACCUGAUUUUAGUCUUAGAAAUCGUGUAA